CUAUAUAAGUAAUAUGUAAUAUGUACAUUUUCAAUCGAGUCAGUAUGCGACAGUAAUCGCGGAUCUCUUGGCGAGAGUAUAAAUUCAAUAAUUGUGUAAUAUUUACCGUACCUGAUACAACAUUAUUAUGGAUUACAAAAAGUUCUUUUCUAAAAUCACCAAUAGACGAAAUUAUAAUUUAAUCAGGCAAUUGAACGAUCUGUAUUUGUCGUAUCCAAAUGGUAUAAAUUUCGGUUCUGCUAACCCAAACGGCACUAAGUUUCCUGUUGAAGAUAUUUCCUUGACGUACAAGCACAACAACCUAAUAAAAUUAAAUAAGUCUGAAUUGUCUACAGCAUUCCAAUUAGGAUCUUCGCAAGGUCAUGGACCGCUAUUAGAAAAAUGGAAGGAAUUCCAGAAAACAUGGCAUACACCAAUGUAUAAUAAUUGGGAUGUGGCAUUCACGAGUGGUUCCCUGGACGCUUGCAAUAAAAUUUUUGAAAUGAUACUCGACGAAAAUGAGCCAAUUUUGCUCCAAACGCUAACAUAUCCCGGAAUACUCGGAGGACUAUUACCAUUGUUACCGGAUAUUAUAGAGAUUAAUCAAGAUGCCGAUGGAAUUAUUCCAGAAGAGAUCACCAAAGCAUGCGAGCAAAGACUUGCGACUGGUAAACCAAUGCCAAAAUUACUUUACAUUAAUCCGACGGGAACGAAUCCUACAGGCGCCGUCUUGUCGGAAACCCGGCGAAGGAAAGUGUAUGAAGUGGCGCAGAAAUACAACUUUCUGAUCGUCGAGGCCGAUCCUUACUACUUUGUUCACUUCUUGGAUAAACAGCCCACGUCGUUUUUCUCCCUCGACACUGACGGUCGCGUGAUCAGAUUGGACUCGUUUAAAAUUAUGUUUCCCGGGAUUCGCGUCGGAAUUGUUACAGCCCACAAAGAUAUCGUGGAAAAACUAAUUAUGCAUCUUGACAAUUCUACCGUACAUACGUCAGCUUUGUCUCAAAUGCUUGUAUACAAACUUUUCCAAGUUUGGGAACCACAGCAAUUCGAGGAAUAUUUCAAAGAUAUACAAAAGUUCUAUCGAGAGCGACGUGAUAUAAUAUUAACCCUGGCUGAAAAACACUUAACAGGUUUGGCAGAAUGGUACGUGCCAGAGGGUGGAUUCUUUCUUUGGGUAAAACUUUUUGCUAUAGAUAAUGCAUUGGAUUUAGUGAUAAACAAAUUCGUGCCCCAAGGUGUUUUCGCUAUUCCUGGAAAUGCCUUCAAUUGCGAUCCUUCAAAACCUUCAAAACACUUAAGAUUCUGCUUUAGCUUUUCCUCGCCGGAGGAAAUGGACAAGGGAAUGAUCUUAGUGGCAAAGAUUAUACGUGAAGAAGCAGCGAAGAAAAAUGAUAAUGUUUCAAAGUAAUGUAAGAAAUAUUACUUUUCUGAGCAUGAUUUAAUAUCCUGCCGUGCUCGUAUAUACAAACAGAAUGCUCUAUUAUGCUAUAAUUUAAAGCAUUAAUUUCAAAACGUUUCGUAACUAAACAAAGUGACGUAGCAUUAAAUGGUAUGAUGUUAACUAACAACUUUUUUAUCUCAUAUAUUUUUAAUUGCCAAGAUAAGGUCGUGA